CUCUGCAUCCCCGGGCAGUGCCCCGUGUACCCCGAUAACUGCCCCCAGUACUCUCCUAGUCCCCCUGUGUACCCGAGUAACUGGCCCCCAGUGGCCUUGUGCCUACUGGUGUCCCAGUACCCAUCCCAGCUCCACACCCCCAGUACUGACCCCAAUACCCCAGUAACUGCCCUGUAUUGCUCCCAGUACCCCAGUGACUGCCCCCGUACCUUCAUACAUGUACUGCAGGUGCUGUCAAGCACGGAGGAGCUGGUGGAGCUGUACCGGGAGCUGAGCCGGCACCCAGGGCUCAGCACCGCCUGCCUUGGACCUGACGUCACCACCCAGUAUGGGGGCAAGUACUGCAGCCUCUACACAGAGUGGUCGCAGCGGGACCUGGAGCGGGCUGAGAAUGUCAAGUUCUGCCGCCAGUACCUGAUCUUCCACGACGGGGCUUCCGUCGUCUACUCGGGACCUGCUGGCACCUGCUCCGAGAUCAAGGACCAGCUGCUGAGCAAGGAGUCCCCCAGUGGGGCACUGAAGGCCGUCCUGUGCAAGGUCCGUGGCAAGGAGAAGGAGAAGGAGAAGCAGUUUCUAGAGGUCUGGGAUCAGAACUGCAAGGUGAAGAGCAUCGACCUGACGGCACUGGACAAGCAUGGCAGCAUCUACAAUGAUGACCAGUUUGGGUGCCUGGCCUGGUCGCACUCGGAGACCCACCUGCUCUACGUGGCUGAGAAGAAGCGUCCCAAGGCUGAGUCCUUCUUCCAGAGCAAAGCCCCCAAGCUGGGCACUUCCGAUGAGGACAUGGGGCGCCCCGAGAAGGACAUGCCCCUCAAGGGGGAGCAGUUCGUGUACCACGAGGACUGGGGGGAGGCGCUGAGCACCCGCAGCGUGCCUGUCCUCUGUGUCCUGGACAUCGAGGGCAGUAGCAUCUCUGUGCUGGAGAGCGUCCCGGAGCACCUCGCUCCUGGCCAGGCUUUCUGGUCCCCCGGUGACACCGGCGUGGUGUUUGUGGGCUGGUGGCACGAGCCUUUCCGCCUGGGGCUGCGGCACUGCACCAACCGCCGGUCAGCGCUCUUCUACGUGGACCUGACGGGUGGGAGAUGCGAGCUGCUCUCCGAGGACACCAAG